AUGCUCAGUUUUCUGCAUGCGGCGAGACGUUUCCUAGUUGAAAGUUACACCGUACAGGGAGGAAUCCUUUACGGGAAAACCCCUCUCACUUAUGCCCUUUCAAGCACAGCUUUUUCAGGUUCAGCCCUCGCUCUUGGUGGCCCGGUAACCCGAGCGGCAUAUGCGCAAGCAACUGCGGCAUCUGUGCAGUCAGGUUUUUCUACCCCUUCAACUAAACAAGUUGACAAGGUUUUAGGCACCCACGUUCAGCCGUGUGCAUGCUACUGGAAUCCGUUUGAUGCUCUAGGACGACGCCUUGCGGAGCGCACAUUCGAACAUUCAGGCGCAGGGAGAAGCGUUGUGCGUACGACCUUCCGACUAAUGCAGAACUCAACAGAUCCACAGGCCGGAUUUGCUCCUGCAGAUACGAUUGCGCAGGAAAAACUGUCGACAACGCAGAACGAUCCCUUAAUUCAGUAUGUAGUGCUACGCCAGGACUUAGCCACUGAGCUUAAGUGGCCUCUCGGCGCCGUUGUUGCCCAGGCGUGCCAUGCUGCGGUGGAUGCUUUGGGUCUUGCCAUGGAGGCUGACAAGGAGACCGCAAGAAGAUACUUGGCUGCAGGGAGCAGCAUGCGGACCGUGGUAUUGCAAGUUGCAAAUGAAGCUGAAUUGCUGAAACUUCAGGACAAACUGAAAAAGAACCACAUUGGCCACAAGCUGUGGCAGGAGGAACCAGAGAAUAUUCCUACAGCGCUAGCCUCUGUGCCCAUACAGAAAAGUGCUGCCCGCGUUUUUAGAGGCUUUAAGCUUCUCAGCUAA